UAUGCGAUGCGGCAUAUCCAGCUGGAGCGGCACCGCACCGCACCUCGGGAUGAGACGCGGCGUGAGAAGCGUUCUGGCACUGCGCGCUCAGCACGAUGAAUAAACCCGGUACGAAUCCGGAGCCUCUGGGAGAAUAAACCCCCAAAAAAUCGUUACAGGUGCGGGACCUGAUCAAACCAGGCGGUGAUCUACCGGCAUCCGCUUUCCCAACCCCCGCAGAGUGGGAAGAAAGGACGGAGGAAAGUUUCCCGAUGGCCCUUGUCAUGGAACCAGUGAGCAAAUGGAGCCCCAGUCAAGUGGUGGACUGGAUGAAAGGCCUGGACGACUGCCUGCAGCAGUACAUCAAAAACUUCGAGCGAGAGAAAGUCGGAGGGGACCAGUUGCUCCGGAUCACCCAUCAGGAGCUCGAGGAUCUCGGGGUGUCACGCAUCGGUCACCAAGAGCUGAUCCUGGAGGCUGUGGAUCUGCUCUGUGCACUGAAUUACGGGCUGGAAACAGAGAACCUGAAGACUCUUUCUCACAAGCUUAACGCUUCUGCCAAGAACCUGCAGAACUUCAUUACCGGCCGUCGACGCAGCGGCCACUACGAUGGACGCAACACACGGAAACUGCCCAACGACUUCCUCACCUCUGUGGUCGACCUGAUCGCCGCUGCGAAGAGCCUACUGGCCUGGCUGGAUAGGUCCCCUUUUGCAGCUGUGACGGACUACUCGGUGACCAGGAACAACGUCAUCCAGCUGUGCCUGGAACUCACUACUAUAGUACAGCAGGACUGCACUGUAUACGAGACGGAGAAUAAGAUCCUACAUGUGUGUAAGACUCUAUCGGGGGUUUGCGAUCACAUCAUCUCUCUGUCUUCGGAUCCUUUGGUCUCCCAGUCGGCCCAUCUCGAGGUGGUUCAGCUGGCCAACAUCAAGCCCAGCGAGGGUCUGGGCAUGUAUAUCAAGUCCACAUACGAUGGCCUUCACGUCAUUACUGGAACCACUGAAGGGUCUCCAGCCGACCGCUGUAAGAAGAUCCACGCCGGUGACGAGGUGAUCCAGGUGAACCACCAGACAGUGCCUGUUGCUCCCAAGAGCCCCACCAGCAGCUCGGCUACUCCCACCAGCACCAUCAGUACGCCUUCCAAACGGGACAGCUCUGCCCUCCACGAUCUCUUCAUCCCACCCCCUCCUUCCGAGCCUUACACGCCCAGGGAUGAGCAGGGCAACCUUCCGGUCGAGGAACGGGGUCAGGGUGGAGGUCCAAUAGCCAAAGGCUCAGAGUCGCCCAACUCGUUCCUGGAUCAGGAGUACCAACGGCGGUUUCCUGUCAUGGAGGAGGAGGCCGUGCUUUACUGCUACGAGUUCGAGCCAAGCCGUGGGGAGAGACGCAGAGAUGCCACGCCCACUUAUGGUCGAUUAAGGCCGAUCUCCAUGCCAGUGGAGUAUAACUGGGUACCCGACUAUGAAGAUCCAGCCAGACUGAAAAGAGAGGGCAGACGAGAUAACUCUGUGCUACGCUACGUGAACGAAGAGAAGUUACCCGAGGAGUACCUGACCGGCCGCAGCGCCAAACGCGACACUGGCAAACGGUCAAAGAAGAAGGCAGAGAAAGGAGGUAGCCCCUCUCACUACACCCUGCUUCCCGCUCUGCAGAUGGAAGUGCUACGUCAGGAGUCCAUGUCCACGCCCAGCUCAGACUCCACCUCGCUCUACCACACAUUCCAGGGAUCCUCACUGCUCUCCAAAACCAAGAAGAAAAGCAAAGGUGCCCCCCUGUCCUCCAUCAGCAAGAGAAGAAUCUCGUGCAAGGACCUGGGACGUGGCGACUGCGAGGGUUGGCUCUGGAAGAAAAAGGACGCCAAAAGCUACUUCUCUCAGAAAUGGAAGAAGUACUGGUUCGUCCUGAAGGGUGCCUGCUUGUACUGGUACAUGAACGAGGAGGAUGAAAAGGCUGAAGGUUUUGUCAGCCUCCCGGAGUUCAAAAUCGACCGUGCCAGUGAAUGCCGCAAGAAAUAUGCAUUUAAAGCGUGCCACCCCAAAAUCAAGAGUUUCUACUUCGCGGCCGACGGAGUGGACGACAUGAACAGGUGGCUGAGUCGGCUGAACAUGGCAGCGGCCGGCUACGCGGAGAGAGAGAAGAUGCGUCAGGAGCAAGCUGACUACUGGAGUGAAAGUGACCAUGAGGACAAUGAGACGCCUUCUACACCCAAGCAGGACAGUCCACCACCCCCGUAUGACACGUACCCACGACCUCCUUCGCAAAUGACCUGCGCAAGUCCUUACCUGGGUCCCAAGCACGGCCGCCUGUCAUCCACCGAGACCUCGCAUUCCCGCUCGUCUCACGAGGAGUACCGUUCCGACCCCCCGGGAGGGGGCGGCAGCAGCAGCGGCGGCGGCUCCCCGGCCCGGAAGUCGGCCAGCCAGCGCCGUUCGUGGCAGGACCUGAUCGAGACGCCGCUCACCAGUUCUGGCCUGCACUACCUACAGACGCUCCCCCUGGAGGACGCCGUUUUUACAGAGCCCGGAACGGGCGUGUCUCCGGAGCGCCGGCGCCAGUCCACGCUACCCGCCAACCGCACACUCUUGCAGGAGCACUACGGUCCCUUCGAUCUGCAAGAGGGCGAGCGACUUCGAGACCCUUCGUCUGUGGGAGGGAAACCCCGCAGCUAUACAUUACCUCGCGACAGUGGGCUACACGGGCUUCUCACGCCUUCCGUUAGCAUGGCUGAGCAACAGGAGCCUCCGCACAGGGACGCAGGCGGGGAGCGGGAGCAAGAGCGUCAGCGCCGCGCGGACUCGCUGGGCGACUUGUACCGAGCGCUAGAGCGGGCCGGGUUAUCUCCUCUGGGUGAGCCGCUCCUCUCCACCCGUCUGGAGUACAAGCAUUCGUUCGUGCGCCGCUGCAGCGACCCGCUACUCAACGACAAAGUGCAUCGCCUGCGCAUCCUGCAGAGCACGCUCAAGGACAGGGAAGGCGAGAUAGCAGCGAUCGACAAGCUGCUGACCAAUCCUAAGCUCACGUCCUCCGACCUCCAGGAGUGGAAGAAAACCUACCUGGAGCUGUUUCCGUCCGAGGACAAAAAGGAGCGCCAGCCUAGCCCGGUGUCGGAGCCCAGCCCGGCCUCCACUCCCGAACCUACGCCUCGUACCCCGUCCCUUUCACACACGCACUCCUACAUCGAGACUCACGUCUGACACACACACGCACUCUGGUCUCUAGCCGGAGCGUGUUAAAGACCGAACGGUAUAACAUGAUACUCGAAGAUUGACGGUAUUUGUGAAUCCUACCAGAAGUCAACGUCUGGUUGGUGUGAAAAGCUUCAUCCUGACCGGCUUCCAGUCGCAAACAAAACAGGUUUACCUGCUGACCGCCGACCCCUGGAUUCCAGUGUUUUGGUUACAGGUUUGACUGCCAGCCAACCGUUUCCUGAGCUUACACAGGGAGGAAAGGCGGUCGCUUACACACAGCAAUAGGACGCCUGAACGGACUAGAAGUUGGGACCCUGGGACAAAAAAUGAGAACUUUAAAGGAGCUACUCUUGGUCUGUGAUGCUGUCUUUUUUUGUAGGAGCCACAAUGUCUACGCUGAUAUGCGCUUGAUGAGCUUUUUUGUGACUAGAAACGUUACUGCUUCUGUUUCUCUUACAUAGUUGGUAAAUUGCAACCAGGAAAACCUUCA